UACCAGCUGCCAACACAAACAAGUCGAAAAAGAAGAAGAAGAAGAAGAAGAAGGAGUAAAACGACUCUGCUCUUUUGGUAGCUUAGCCAGAAUGUGGCCUCAAAAAUGUGACAACUCCGAGAUAAACCAAGUUUCGGACACACUCUGUACUUUAACUGCUUCAAACUGCGAACCAUGGCGGACUAUCAGUUUCUCCUGGACGUAGACAGCUCUGUUGAAAAGGACUGUUGCAGUGUCUGCUGCUCUUGUUGUUAUUGUAGCUAGCGCUAACGUUAGCUGAAUUAGCUGAUCCUGCUGUCUUCCUCUCAUCGUAGCCGACGUUGAUUCAUUGCAGCGGGACUGUGAAACCGCAUAAACAAGGGAACUCUGGAGCAAGUUACAGGCUGACACUACCGAGCCCAGCAAUGGUUUUACUCCACGUUUGUUCUUAUUACGUAAGUAGCCAUUGUCAGUAUUUUAGACAAGGUUUUAUUUUACGAUUUUCCUCCAUUAAUUGGCAAGAUAAUUCAACUGUUAUUAUUUCUAAGUGGACACAUAAAGGAACAUGCCAUUACUAGCUAAGGUAAGCUAGUAAACCUUCAGCUGUCAGCAGUGUAAGCUGUAACGUUAUCUAGAUGGCGUUUAUGCUGCCUGCAUUUACAAAAAUGGAGCAGCAGACAGCAGCCAGUCCGCUGGCUCUGCCUCUUCACAACACAUCUGUCUGAGUUGUGCGUCUGUGAAAGAGAAAUCAUGUCUUGCAAAGCCGCAACGAAGGACAAGAAGUCGAGCUUCAGCAAGAAGCUGUUCAGACGGGGCUCUGUUCGCUCUGUGGGCAGCUUCAUGAGCAGAGUCCUGAGGACACUCACAGCGUUAUCCCACUUUGGAUCUGAAGUGCCAAUAGAGGAGGACAAAGAUGAUGGAGGCUUUUCCACCUUCAAGUCUGGGAGUAAAGAUGUACCCAUGGAUGAUGGGGACCUGGGGGGGUUCCUGUCUGGGGAGAGAAUCCCUGGAGUGUCAGGUCUCAAAAACCAUGGGAACACCUGCUUCAUGAAUGCAAUUCUGCAAUGCCUCAGCAACACCGAGCUCUUUGCUGAGUACCUCGUCCUGGAGCACUACAAAGAUGAUGAGCUGGAUGAGGACAAACCAAAGACUAAUGGGGUACAUCUGCAGAAGAAGGGUCCUCUGGCCAAAGGGGAGGUUACGGAGCAACUGUCGGGACUUGUGCGGGCAUUAUGGACGUUUGAAUACACCCCCCAACAUAGCAGAGACUUUAAGAAUGCUGUGUCAAAAAAUGCCACCCAGUUCAAAGGGCACUCUCAACACGACGCUCAAGAGUUCCUACUGUGGCUGCUGGACAGAGUACAUGAGGACCUCAACACAACCAACCCCGGCAGCAGGCCGUUUAUUAAGCCACCUAUUGAAGAAGAUGACCAGAGCUUAGAGGGCCCCUCCCCUCCCCUGUCUGCUGGCUCAUUUGUACAAGAACUGUUCCAGGCGCAGUACAGGUCCUCUCUCACUUGUCCACAUUGCCAAAAGCAGAGCAAUACGUUCGAUCCCUUCCUCUGCAUCUCCUUACCCAUCCCAUUGCCACACACACGGCCCCUGUAUGUGACAGUAGUCUACCAGGGGAAGUACUCUCACUGUAUGAGGAUCGGAGUCGCUGUUCCCCUCAACAGCACCGUCUACCGCCUCAGAGAUGCAGUGUCACGUGAGACCAAGAUCCCCAUGGACCAGUUUGUUUUGACUGAAAUGUACUACGACGGUUUUCAUCGCUCGUUUUGUGACGAUGACGAUGAUCUCGACAUCAUUCAAGAGAGUGAUUCCAUAUUUGCCUUUGAGACACCAGAGACCUUCAAACUGGAAAACAUACGCACAAAAAGAGGAAGUCUUCUGGCAAACUUGAAUCAUAACAACUUGAAGUAUGGGGCAGAAAUCAGCAGGACUCCAUCUUUCAUGCAGGGGGCCAUGACUCCUUUAACCGCAUCCCCUAAUAAAAACCUUGGACCAGAGAAAAUUAUCCUUCUGGUGUGUAACAGGGCUUGUACUGGCCAUCAAGGGAAGAGAUUCGGCCUACCCUUCGUACUGUACAUGGAGCGCACUGUGACCUGGGAUGCUCUGCAGAAAGAGAUCCUGGAGAAAAUGCGUCAUCUGCUCAGGCCUGGCGUCUACAUUCAGGUUGGACCUUUCAGUCUUCGGGUGGUUGGCGUUGUUGGCAUCACCUACCUCCUUCCUCAAGACGAGCGACCACUGUGUCAUCCCACUGUGGACAGAGCCUACAAAUCCUGUGGACAAGGGGGACCCCCACAUGUGAAGAUUGUGGUGGAGUGGGACAAAGAGACCAAGGACUAUCUGUUUGGACACACUGAGGAGGAGUACAUUCCUGAUGCUGAGAGUGUGUAUCUGCACAGGGAACAACAUCAUCAGCCGCAAGCCUGCACUCUCGCUCAGUGCUUCCAUCUCUACACUAAGGAGGAGCAGCUGGCCCCAGAUGAUGCCUGGCGCUGUCCCCACUGCAAGCAGCUGCAGCAGGGCCGCAUCAAGCUCAGCCUGUGGACGCUACCGGAUGUGCUCAUACUGCAUCUCAAGAGGUUCAGACAGGAAGGAGACCGCAGGGUGAAGAUGCAGAACAUGGUGAGGUUCCCCCUGAUGGGCAUGGACAUGGCACCUCAUGUGGUGAAGAGAAGCCAGAGCAGCUGGAGUUUACCCUCCCACUGGUCCCCAUGGAGACGCCCUUAUGGUUUGGGAAGAAACCCUGAUGACUACCUGUACGACCUGUAUGCUGUGUGCAAUCACCACGGGAACAUGCACGGGGGGCAUUAUACAGCCUACUGCAAGAACUCCAUCGACGGUCAGUGGUACUGCUUUGAUGACAGCGAGGUUUCACCAGUAGCUGACGACGACGUGUGUCAGCAGACGGCUUACAUACUGUUCUACCAGCGGAGGACAGCCAUUCCCUCCUGGUCAGCAAACAGCUCAGUUGCUGGUUCCACCAGUUCUUCCCUUUGUGAUCACUGGAUCAACAGGUUACCCGGCAGUAGGCCUGCCAGCUUGGCCUCCGGAGCCUCAUCCAGACGCACCUCUCUGGCGUCAUUAGCAGAGUCGGGGGAGUUCCCAGGAGAACGCAGUGAAGAUGAUGGAGGGUUUUCUGUCCGCCCCUUCGUGAGGAGCAUUCAGCGUCAGAGCCUGUCCUCCAGGUCGUCCAUCGCCAGCCCUCUAGCCUUCAGCGACAGCGGGAUAAAGCCUUCUUGGUCUCUUUCUGCAAAGCUGCAAAUGAGAUCCAACUCCCCCUCACGUUUCUCCCUCGACUCCCGAUGUUCUCCUCCUCUGGAGAGGAUCGGAGAGGCCUGUGACGACAAGGUUUCCACUUCCUGUUUCGGCAGCUACAGUAGACAUGAGCGCUACUUUGGCAGCAGGACCCCUCAGUCCAUGAUGGAGAGCAACUUCAGCGAGCAGGAUAACAGCAAACGCUUCCUGGACAUGAUGUACUGCAGGGCUCCAACGCCAGAUAAGAAGAGUGCUAAAAAUGAGCCAACUGAAAACAAUAACCAGAUCACAGCUAUAGACCAAAACAUUUUACCUUCCCAAGCUACUCCCUCCAAAGAACAGAAGCGUAAGAGCAGCAUUGGAGGAUUCACCUCGAAGGCAGAUAGCUCCUCAAAGAGUUCCAGCAAAGCAGAGCAAGAAAAAUCCUCCAAAAAACGCUUGUGCUCAGCACAUAAGACCUCCAGCUCUGAGACGUCUUCCGGAACACCUGUGAAAGGCAAAAAGAUGAGCAAUACAAAAGAGAAGGGUGUCAACGCCAAGAAGAGUCCAUCUACACCAAGUGGAACCCCCUCCAAAACGAAGGAGGCAGCCAAACCUCAGGAGGGGACGCCACUACACAAGCAAUGUGUCCGCUCCACACCUCAGUCCUCCGCAUCUCCCUCGCCAACUGCAAAGAAGAACCCCAGUGUGGCUGAAAAAACUACUGCGAGUAGCCGGAAAAAGAUGGUGGAGAGGAGCUACAGCAGAGAUUCUAUGCACACAAGCCCCCUGGUGGACAGUCUCAGGGGUUCGGUUGCUCGCUCCUCACUGUCGAGAGGUGGGGACAGCAACCGGACUGAGAGGAGAUUUGUGAGGAGCUCCAGCAGCAGCUCUUCCGUCACCAGCCUGCGCUCCCCCAGCGUCUCUACCAGGGACUUACAGCGCAGCAGCAAAACUGAGGAGAAAGGGUUAUCUUUCUUCAAGAGCGCCCUCCGACAAAGGGAAAGCCGCCGGUCAGCCGAUUUGGGGAAAAGCUCCCUGCUUGCCAAAAAGGCCUCAGAGAGGACAAGUAAGCAGAACGGACAAGCCAAGGACGGGGGAAGCGAUAACAGCAAGACGGGGGACGCUGUGUCUUCCAACUCGUCUUCAGAAACUCACGCAGGUGAGGGGAAGCCGGCGACGAAGGAGUCUUCCAAGCCCUCCAGCUCUCUCAGCCGCACUCUGUUGAGCGUCGGGAAAUCCAAGUCUUCCAUGUCCGAAGUAAGUCUCAAGUCUCCCACGAACGGGAAGAAGCCUCUGGAAAGGAUGGUGUCUUCCCAAAAGCUGUCAUCCAGCAUGCAAUCUCCUGCACGUACAACACAGAGGCCUCAAUGAUACAUCCAUACUAGUAACAUCCAGAACUGAACAUAAUGCAGCUAUUUUCUUUGUGCCUAAGUUUCAGUGAGCACCACAUGUAUCUGUUCAGACAUCUCUGGAUGAUAUGGUUUUGUUCACUGGUGUCUGGUGCGUUCGCUGACUAUGAGGGUUGAAUAUGGGCCGCCAGCUUAACUGGAUAAAAGACAGACCUGUCCAUCUCUGUCAUAUUAGAUGCCUGGUAUGCUGCCAAAUCCAGCUUUUUAAAGAGGCGGAUUGUUUCAGAUUACACUGUUGAGCAUUAGGGAUGACUUUGAUGAGAGCGCGGGGUGAUCGCAUCUUGACACAUUAGAUGUUUUCUGGCACGACCGAUUAAUGAGCAUCCACACGCGCUCAGCUGUACGCCGACGAGGACUGUAUGACAGCUGACAGAAUUCCCCAUCUGAAUCUUGAAAUCCAAUUAUCUUCCCUCCAGCUAAAGGCUUGUUAUAUCUUUGCAGCGCUGCAAACAGGAAGCUUAGUUUGCUUUCAGAACACCCAUAAAAAUGUAGCAUCUUUUCAUCUUAAGAAAGUCAAGGAGGAGGCUGCUCGUGAAAGUAUUUUACACUCAGCAGUGGGGGAAUCAAAACCAUACAAUCCCAGAAAUGUGGCUGAACAGAUACUGAAACUGAGCUGGAACGCUCAAACAAUGCACACACACAAAAGAGUUUCAUUCCCAAAUACCUGCGGCUGAGCGUUAGCAGUAGUUUUCAUUGAUCGUGUUAAGUAAAGAGCUGAAACUUUCUUUCGAAUUACUUCUCUGUUGUCCUCUUACUUUAAAUAGUUGGGGCAUUUUUAUGUUAAGACAUGGAGGACAAGACAUAAGUAGACUACAAGUAGCGAUGAGGAGCGUAGAGAUUGCUUCCAGGCAGGAAAGACGAAGAAGAGAUGCUGUCUGUUUCUGAACAUUCAUGUAAAUAUUUGCAAAGGUGAUGGCAGGAACAGGACCAAAAUAGAUAUGCUUUGUUCUACUUUAUUUUUCUUUAAAGAUUUUUGGAUAGAAAUGUAUUUUAUCAAACACUUGUUGAGGUGAAUCCUUUUUUCUGGAGGUGACAAUGACUUUUGGAAUGAAACCCUUUAAAAUCAAAGACUAUAAAUACAAAUAUAUAAAUGUGUCUGUACAGAUAUUGAUAAAGUCUAUAGUAUAAUAACUCCUCUUUUUCCAUGAGCAAGAUGAAAAUGAUCUAAAGCGCCUUUCAGUACUUUCAAUACUGUACAUGGAAACAAGUAAUUGCCUUUGGCAACAUUGUAGUCUACUACUGUAUGCAUCACUGAGUAGGAAUGUGGUAUGGUUUGCACUUUGUACAGAUAUAGUAGUUUCUUUAACCCAGAACGAUCAUAUAAAUAUAUAAAUACAUGGUAACUUAA